UACUUAUCUUUCCACUGCAUGCUAGAGAUGGGUACCUCGAGACACCGGGGCAGUUGGCCUCAACUGGUAUCCGCAAUAGCAUUUUGCCUCAUAGCCACUACUGUGGUGGCCAAUGAGCCUUACAUUUAUGCCUCACCACCUCCUCCAUAUGUUUACAAGUCACCACCCCCUCCGUCGCCAUCUCCUCCACCACCUUACCUUUACAAAUCACCACCUCCACCAUCACCAUCACCACCACCACCUUACGUUUACAAAUCACCACUCCCACCAUCAUCAUCACCACCACCUCCAUAUGUUUACAAGUCACCACCGCCUCCAUCUCCCUCCCCACCGCCUCCUUACGUUUACAAAUCCCCUCCACCACCAUCUCCAUCACCUCCCCCUCCCUAUGUCUAUAAAUCACCACCUCCCCCAUCUAAAUCCCCACCUCCUCCAUAUGUCUACAAAUCUCCUCCUCCUCCAUCACCAUCACCUCCUCCCCCAUAUGUCUAUAAAUCACCACCUCCCCCAUUUAAAUCCCCACCUCCACCAUAUGUCUACAAAUCACCUCCUCCUCCAUCCCCAUCACCUCCUCCUCCAUAUGUCUACAAGUCGCCUCCACCUCCACCACCUUCGCCUCCUCCUCCUUACAUUUACAAAUCACCACCUCCUCCAUCUAAAUCCCCACCUCCUCCAUAUGUAUACAAAUCCCCUCCUCCUCCAUCACCAUCACCUCCUCCCCCAUACGUCUACAAGUCGCCUCCACCUCCAUCACCUUCCCCUCCACCUCCUUACAUCUAUAAAUCACCACCUCCCCCAUCUAAAUCCCCACCUCCUCCAUAUGUCUACAAAUCACCUCCACCUCCAUCACCAUCACCUCCACCUCCUUACAUUUACAAAUCACCCCCACCUCCAAGAGGCUAUUAAGUUUAGAUUUUUUUAACUAUUGCAAGAGUAUUUACUUUCCUUGGAUGUUAUAAAUUUUUUUAGCGUUGUAAUUUUCAGAAAAAAAAAAUUAAAAUAAAAAAACUGUAUUUGUGUACAAUAAGGUUCUUAAAUGGAGAUCCUUUAGGAUCUAUAAAUAUGAAGCACACCCAUUGUUCCAUUUUCCAUAAGCAAUGUAAGCAAGGAAUUCAAGUUCUGAAAGGAAUUCUAUGUAUUACUAUUUCUAUUCUGAACGACAUAAUGUUGUCAUGCAUUGUUAUUCCAGAGCAGGCAAAUAAAUAUUUUGUUGUUAUUUUUCUUUCA